UACGCCCAAAUGGUUUACUAAUGAGCCGUCGAGCUUGGGAAAAUCUUGAAUGGCUCGAUUGUCUGUGCCAAUUCUAACGUAAAGAAACUACCUCAACUCGUGCUAUAAAAUUGUGGCGCUUCUUCACUUUGGGUCACAGUUCCUCAACUACCGCCCUUGCAGAGUGUUUGCCAGAGUUUAUCAAAGAUGUUCAAAGUUUUGUUUGUUUUGUUUCUGGCUCUUGUCGCUUCGAGCCACUCACGUCCGAGUUAUUUGCCUGCAUAUGAGACGAUUGAAUAUGCACCCACUGUGCUGGGUUAUGAGCAUUUGGGUUUGCCCACGGCCAUCUCCCACCAGAGUUCGACUGUGGUGCACGAGAAACGUCCAUAUUUGCGUCCCAUCUACGAACACCACCAUACACCGCUGCUGAAGUCAUACCACCACCCAACCACCUAUAGCUAUGCCAGCAGUCCGCUCAACUACGGCAGCGAGUGGUAUGAGCCUGGCUGGACUGGUGGCUUGAGCUACUCCCCAAGCAUCUAUCUCAAGUGAAGAUUGUCGAAAAUGUUGUCCUUUUAAAUAAAUAAGUUG